GGCUUUUGCACAAGCAAACAGCACAAACACGCUCACCCUCUGAGGUCUCACUCAGCACCACCACCUCCCCCAUGUGAUGUGGAGCCGUCCCCUGCCUCUCCUACCUCCAGCUUCUCUCUCCUCCCUCCCUCUCUCUCUUGGACGCAGAGCCCUCCUCACCUUAUCACCAAUCCACCAUACAAGUCAGUAGUCACUGCUGCGUUUGUUUCGGUGCACUCUGUCUCCUCUCUGUGCUUGCUUUGCUGCUCCCUUUUGCUCUGUCGCUCUGGUUUGCUCGGUCCUCCUCCUCUUCCUUCCCGCUGGAGUGGCUUGGUUUGGGUCAACUGUCUCUGCUCUUUCCUCUUCCCCUGCUCAGCUCUUUGAUUGCUCCCACUGUUGCAGCUGUUCUUGGCAGGUUUCUCUGUUCCCACCGGUGGUUGUUGCUGCUGUUCCAGUUUCUAACCGUUCUUGGUUUCUGUUUGUCAGAACCAAGGUGGAGACUGGAGAAAUCCUGACUCAGCUUUGAAGAUUCAGCAGCUCCCCUGCUGUGUAUCAAUCUCUGAGUAAAUUCAGAGAUUUUGAGCAGCAGAAGAAUCUGACUGACCUGGUUUCUCUUACCAAAACAAGCAAGCUUUUUGAGGCUGCUUCCAGCUGUGCUUUCUUUCUCUUGCUCCUCUGUUCUUUGAUUCUUUCCUCCCUCCCUCACUCCAAUGGUGGAGUCCAACUAGUUUGCUUCGAAGAAGGAGGGAAAAGAUGCGAGCUUUAAGUAGAAUAGGUGUUGGGCUCGCGGUGGUGUCCGCGCUGCUCCUACUAGCGCUCACCGCCGAGCUCUACUACAUCUUCGUGCACAAGCGCCGGCUGCGGCGGCGCGCCGCCGCCAUCUCCGACGCGGCCUCGUCCCCGUCCUCGUCCUCCCGCGAGCUGCUCCAGCUCUUCUGCUUCAAGAAGCCCCCGGCCCUCGCGUCCACCUACGCGGUCCAGGAGCCGCCCGCCGUGGCCGUGGCCGUCGGCGGCGAUGGAGAGGAGGACGACGACGAGACGGUGGAGGCGCAGCUGAUGCGGCUGGGCAGCGUCGUCGGCCCCACGCGGCUGCUGUUCACCAUCAAGGAGGAGACCCGGGAAGACCUCGAGUCCGAGGACGGCCGCAGCAGGAGCCGGAGCCUCGGCGAGCUGCUGCAUUGCUCCGAGACGCCACCGUUCCUCACGCCGGGGGCCUCGCCUGUGCCGACGGCGGCGAUGGAGAACUCCUACAACCCGCUCUUCGAGUCCCCGAUGGCGAGCCCGGGCCCGGCUCCGGCCCCGACGGUGUCACCGCCGCCCAAGUUCCAGUUCCUGAAAGACGCGGAGGAGAAGUUGUACCGCCGGGCGCUGGCCGAGGCGAUGAUGGCGCGGAGGUCGCCGCCGCCGCCGCAGCAGCCGACCUCGCCGGCGGCCAGAGAGGAGGACGGCGGGUACAUUACCAUCGUUGUGGGGAAGAACAACCGGGUCAUCCCCCUGCCUUCGCCGCCCACAGCCGGCGGUGGCCAUCAGUGAGCGAGUUGUUCAUAUAAAUCAGAGGUUUUGAUGGAUUAACUUGCUCGGUACUGCUACCUGUGCUUCAGUGUUCUAGUGUAGCUCUUGUGAUGUAAACUUUCUUCUUUUCUCUUUUUGUUUGGUCUAUGGUCUUGUGAUCAUGCCAAAUUGGAUGAUUGGAUGUAUAUAACAUCAAAGUGAUGAAGAAUUGAUAAUUUCAGAUAAAUGUGCUUUUUUCUUCUUA